UUGGUCGAUAAAGAGGAGUAGUGUAACAAACGAGUAAAGAAAAUAAUUUAAAUUAUUAAUUUUUCUGCACGUUUUAAUUUCUAAAAUGAAGAUUGAAGAAGUUAAAAGUACUGUAAGGACUCAGAGAAUAGCAGCUCACAGCCAUAUAAAAGGACUUGGUCUCGAUGAAAAAGGUAUUCCUAUGCAAAUGAGCGCUGGUUUAGUCGGUCAAAAAGCGGCUAGAGAGGCGGCUGGAAUUGUUGUUGAUUUGAUCAAAUCUAGAAAGAUGGCUGGUCGGGCUUUACUUUUAGCAGGCCCGCCUGGAACCGGAAAAACUGCUAUUGCCUUGGCAAUUGCACAAGAGCUUGGUAAUAAAGUACCAUUUUGUCCAAUGGUUGGAUCAGAAGUUUAUUCUAGUGAAAUUAAAAAAACUGAAGUAUUAAUGGAAAAUUUCCGGAGAUCAAUUGGUUUACGUAUUCGUGAAACAAAAGAAGUUUAUGAAGGUGAAGUUACUGAAUUAACACCAGUUGAAACAGAAAAUCCAAUGAAGGGAUAUGGUAAAACUAUUAGUAAUGUUGUAAUUGGCUUAAAAACGGCAAAAGGUACAAAACAGUUAAAACUUGAUCCAAGUAUAUAUGAAUCAAUUCAAAAGGAAAAAGUAGAAGUAGGAGAUGUAAUUUAUAUUGAAGCCAAUAGCGGGGCAGUAAAACGACAGGGUAGAAGUGACACAUUUGCUACUGAAUUUGAUCUUGAAACUGAAGAAUAUGUACCGCUACCAAAAGGUGAUGUACAUAAGAAAAAGGAAGUGAUACAAGAUGUCACACUACAUGAUUUGGACGUGGCUAACGCAAAACCACAAGGUGGUCAAGAUGUUCUAUCCAUAAUGGGUCAAUUGAUGAAACCGAAAAAGACGGAAAUUACAGAUAAACUAAGAAUGGAAAUUAAUAAGGUUGUGAACAAAUAUAUUGAUCAGGGUAUAGCUGAAUUAGUUCCAGGAGUUCUUUUCAUCGAUGAAGUUCAUAUGCUUGAUUUGGAAACUUUUACAUAUUUGCAUAAAUCCUUAGAAUCUCCAAUAGCUCCCAUUGUUAUAUUCGCAACAAAUAGAGGAAGAUGUGUGAUCCGUGGAACUGAAGAUAUAAUUUCGCCGCAUGGAAUUCCAUUAGAUUUACUAGAUCGUUUGUUGAUUAUUCGAACUUUGCCAUAUAGUGUGAGUGAAAUAGAGCAAAUUAUUAAAUUGCGUGCUCAAACUGAGGGCUUACAAUUAGAUGAAUCAGCAAUCCAAUUAUUGAGUGAAGUUGGAAGUACAUCAACUUUACGUUAUGCAGUACAAUUAUUGACACCUGCACAUCAAAUGAGUAAAGUAAAUGGUAAAAGCCAAAUAACGAAGGAUGAAAUCAGUGACGUCCAUUCAUUGUUUUUGGAUGCUAAACGUUCAUCCAAACAUUUGUCAGAAAAAGACAAUAAAUUUAUGAAAUAAAAAUGUUUUCAAAAAUCUUGAAAUCCUUUACAAACCUCCCAAAAUAAAAUUUUUUUUAAACCUCAAUUCAUCUUUAGUUUUUGAAAAUAAAAUUCAUAAAUUUGAAACAAA